CACAAUGGAAUUCAUUAUUGUGUAAUUAUUGCUUAUCUCAUCUUUAGGAUGGGUUGUGAAGAUUUAGAAUCAAUGCUCUUGCUCAAAAUAUCAACUUUAAGAUGAAUGUGAAUCAUCUCUAGGUUGUAUAUGGAAUACAAGCUCUAGUUUAUGCAUUGAUAUUCAAUGUAAUUCAAUAACAUCUAAAGCUGAAUGCCUUUUGUACCCAUAUAGUUGUUCAUUUAAUUAUUCUUCAUUAACUUGCACACCUUUUACUUCAUGUAAAAAUUUAAGCGGAAAUAAUCUCUCAUAAUGUUAAAUGUAGAAUUCGAUGUGUUUAUGGGAAUCUGGAAAUUCUUGCAUAGAUUACGAUUGUCAAUAUUUCAGUUUGGAUAGUUGCCCAACAUUUUGUAUUAAUACAGGAACUACUUGUGAAAAUUUUUCAUCAUGCGAAAAAUUAAGCUAAACUUCUUGUUCAAUCUAUUAUGGAAUUUGCAAUUGGUAUUAAAACAGAUGUCAGAAUUACGAAUGUUCAUAUAUUCUAACUAAGUCACAAUGUCAAUUUGUAAUUGACUCGGAAAAUACGAUUAAACCAUGUUUUUGGAACUAGACUGAGUGUAUAAAUCCUCCAGAUGCAAGUGUAUUUAAUGCUAAUUAAUGCUAUAUAUAAACUGCUGGUUAGUAUCAUUGGUCAAGUAACAACUCUACUACUGGAUCAUGUUAAUAAUGUUAUGGUUCUUCAUAAAUUUACGAGCCUAUGACAGAGUAUUUUUCAAAAGGAUUUAUUCUGAACAUUAUUGUAGUUGGUAUAUUCAUGGUAAUCUGA